AUGUUAAAACUAUUGAAUAGACCUUCAUCCAUAUUUCGAUAUUUCCAAAAUUCCUCCAUGACGGGAUGGCAUUCCCAACAACCAUUUUCAAUCAGUUUAUAUCACAACAAUCACUCAUCCGAGUCGAACUCAACAAUACAUUUCCGAAAGGGAAUUAAAAUUGGUGAAAAAGCAUCCAUGAAGAGACGUUUCUCAGCUCAAGAUGUUUCAGAUUUUGCCAAGUUAUCUGGCGAUUUUAAUCCUUUACAUUUUGAUUCUGAUUUUGCUAAACAGCAUGGGCUAUUCAAAGAUCGAAUUGUACACGGUGUUUUAGUGUCGUCUUUAUUGAGUAACUUGGCUGGUACAGUCAUGCCAGGCGCUGGUUCAAUAUACAUGUCUCAAGAACUGAAAUUCUUACGACCUGUUUACAUUGAUCAAGAAAUUGAAGCCUCAGUCGUAUUAAAAGAAGCUCAAAGCACAAGAAAGAGUGGAGACAAAAAAGUUAUAUUUGUGAUAGAAACAGAAGUUCGAUCAGUGGAAAAUGGAGAUUUAUUAGUGUGUGGAGUUUCACGACUGUAUCAUGCAAAUUUGGAGGUUAUCGAACAAUAA